AAAUCAUUAAUACUAGUCAAAAUAAUACAUAACCACGAUUAACUACUUAACCCUUGAUUUCACCUCAUUAUUAUUCUCAUUUUUGAUUACUUCAUCCUUCUCAACCGUCUCGCAAUGGCGGCACCACUCCUCGCCUUCAUUUUCUCCCUCCUCGCCAUCGCUUCCACCGUACGCGGCUCCAACAUUACUAAAAUCCUCGCUAACUACCCGGACUACUCCUCCUUCAACAGCUACCUCUCUCAGACGAAGCUCGCGGAAGAAAUCAACAGCUACCCGACGAUCACCCUCCUCGCCCUCAACAACGACGCAAUGGCUUCCUUCGCCGGAAAACGUCAACUCUCGGUCGUUAAAAAAGUUCUAAGCCUCCUCACUCUCCUCGACUACUACGACCCCGAGAGCCUCCACCAAAUCUCAGAAGGCACGACUCUCUCCGUCACACUCUACAACAACACAGCCGGAAACGCUCCCGAGUACCUAGGAUACGUCAACAUAACCGAUCUUUACGGAGGCCAGGUCGCUUUUGGCUCAGCCGUUUCGGGUUCAAAGCUCGACUCUUACUUCACCAAAUCCGUUAAGCAAAUCCCUUACAACAUCUCCGUCGUCGAGAUCGAUGCUCCGAUCAUCGCUCCGGGAAUCUUAGCCGCCCCUGCUCCUUCCCCCGCCUACAUCACCGGAUUGCUAGAGAACGCCGGUUGCAAAACCUUCGCUAAAAUGCUUGCCAAGAGCGGAGUGCUCAAGAAGUACGAAUCGGUUAUUAAAAAAGGUUUAACGGUUUUUGCACCGUCCGAUGAAGCUUUCAAAGCUAAAGACGUCCCUGAUCCGACAAAGCUCACAAAAGCUAAUAUGGUCUCGCUACUAGAGUAUCACGCCCUCGCUCACUACAAACCCAAAGGCUCACUGAAGAGUAACAAAAACAAAAUCUCCACGUUAGCCACCACCGGAGCUGGAAAUUUUGAUCUUACGACCUCCACCUCCGGGGACGAAGUUGUUCUUCACACCGGCGUUGCUUCGUCGAGACUCGUCCACACGGUGCUGGACGCUACCCCGGUCGUUAUUUUCACGGUGGAUAAUGUCCUCCUCCCUACUGAGCUAUUCAGAAAAUCUCAUUCUCCGGCGCCGGCGCUAUCUCCGGCGGAAGGAGUUUCACCCACAGCUGCUUCACCGUCAGAACCUCCUACGGACGAGUCACCGGAAAGUUCUCAUUCGAACUCGUCCAAAGGUUUAGCUAACAGCAAGUCGGCCAACGCGGCGGUUGCCGUGAGCUCACCGUCGUUGUUCACCGCAUUGGUCACGCUUGCUACCAUAGCCGUGUUUCAGUUAGUUGAAACCUUUUGAAUUCUCGUAGUUAUUGUUGUUUUUGAGGGUUAUUACUAAACGAUGUAGUUUCACACUGUACAAAAUAUAUAAAAUAAAUGGGCCUACACUAUCUGGAGUUGAGAGAGGUGUGG